AUGAAUUUUUCUUUGUUCUUCAUUCCUCCCUUGCCUUUACCGUUCCUUUUUUCCCCGUCCACGAACUAUGAUGCGCUCGGGGAUUCUUUUGUUACAGGCGUAAUCAUCAGUGCCAUGCAGGCUAUCUUCUCAGCUGUCUUCUACUUUGUUGCCAUCCCAUUGUUUCCCGGUAUCUUGAUGGUCGGCUACGCAACCAUCUUUACUAUGUUCCCUGUAUUCUCCUUGGUGCUCGACAAAGAUCUGCCCGAUAGCAUGGCACUUACCUAUCCAGAGCUCUAUAAGGAGUUGACUAAGGGACGGGACCUCACUUUUAAGACGUUCUUCGUUUGGAUGCUUAUUAGUAUAUAUCAAGGUGAGUGGAUUUCCACCCAAAUUGUUGUCGGUUUUUGGAACUUUUGA